GCUCGGCCGUCCCUGCGCUGCCCCGCUGCCCGAGGCUUUACCAUGCUCCGAGCCUUUAGUCACACAAAUGGUAGGUGUGUGUUCCACCUCACUAAGUGCUGGCAUCAUCGUAAGUCUGUGCUGGCAAUCAGGAGGGAAGAUGUCAAUGCCUGGGAAAGAAGAGCGCCUCUAGCACCAAAGCAUGUUAAGGAGUUGACAAAGAUGGGAUACAAGGUCCUGGUGCAGCCAUCAAACCGGAGAGCCAUCCAUGAAAAGGAGUACGUCAAAGCAGGUGCCAUUAUUCAAGAAGAUAUUUCUGAGGCUUCUCUGAUAAUAGGUGUGAAGAGACCUCCAGAGGACAAAUUAAUCCCUAAAAAGAACUAUGCCUUCUUCUCACACACUAUUAAAGCCCAAGAGGCAAACAUGCCCCUUUUGGAUGAGAUUUUAAGACAGGAAAUUCGACUGUUUGACUAUGAAAAAAUGGUUGAUCAUAAAGGAAUGCGAGUUGUGGCCUUUGGAAAGUGGGCUGGUGUAGCAGGAAUGAUCAACAUUCUACAUGGAUUGGGUUUACGAUUUUUAGCUCUGGGUCAUCACACUCCCUUCAUGCACAUUGGGAUGGCACAUAACUACAGGAAUAGCAGUCAGGCUGUACAGGCAGUACGGGAUGCUGGGUAUGAAAUUUCACUGGGACUGAUGCCAAAGUCAGUGGGGCCCUUAACGUUUGUGUUCACGGGCACUGGUAAUGUUUCUAAGGGUGCUCAAGAAAUGUUCAGUGCUCUCCCAUGUGAGUUUGUGGAACCUCAUGAGUUAAAGGAAGUUUCCAGAUCUGGAGACCUCAGGAAAGUCUAUGGAACAGUAUUAAGUCGUCACCAUCAUCUUGUAAGGAAACGUGAUGGACAAUAUGAUCCAGCAGACUAUGAUAAACAUCCAGAAAAUUACAUUUCUCGCUUUCACAUUGAUAUUGCACCCUACACAACUUGCUUAAUUAAUGGCAUAUACUGGGAACAAAAUACUCCUCGCUUGCUGAGUCGGCAGGACACUCAGAAGCUGCUGGUGCCAGUUAAAUCUGCUGCUGGUGCAAUGGAUGGCUGUCCUGAAUUACCACACAGACUUUUGGCCAUUUGUGACAUUUCAGCAGAUACUGGAGGAUCCAUAGAAUUUAUGACUGAGUGUACAACAAUUGACAACCCAUUUUGUAUGUAUGAUGCUGACCAGCAUAUUACUCAUGACAGUGUCGAAGGCUCAGGGAUUCUGAUGUGUUCCAUUGACAAUCUGCCAGCUCAGCUUCCUAUAGAGGCAACAGAGUACUUUGGGGAUAUGCUUUUCCCUUAUAUUGAAGAGAUGCUAUUAUCAGAAGGAUCAGAACCUCUUGAAAAACAGAAUUACUCACCUGUUGUUCGAGGUGCAGUGAUUGCAUCCAAUGGCUCACUGACACCUAAGUUUCAAUAUAUCCAGAAACUGAGAGAGAGCAGGGAACAGGCUCAGUCACUGAAGAUGAAUUUUGAGAAGAGGGUUUUAUUGCUUGGAUCUGGCUAUGUUUCUGGCCCUGUGCUUGAAUAUCUCACUAGAGAUUCCAACAUUGACAUCACAGUUGUAUCUGUCAUGAAGGAGCAACUUGAUCAAUUGACAAAGAAGUACAGAAAUGUUACUCCAGUUCAUAUGGAUGUCCUUAUGCAUGAGGAACAGCUGUCCUCUUUGGUGAAAAAACACGACCUUGUGAUCAGUUUGCUGCCUUAUUCAGUACAUCCUUUUGUUGCUAAGAAAUGUAUUGACAACAAAGUGAACAUGGUAACAGCCAGCUAUUUAACACCAGCCAUGAAAGAACUUCAGGAGAGUGUAGAAGCUGCUGGUAUCACAGUUGUCAGCGAAAUGGGCUUGGAUCCUGGUCUUGAUCACAUGUUGGCAAUGGAAUGUAUUGACAAGGCUAAAGAAGUUGGUGCUACGGUUAUAUCGUACACUUCUUUCUGCGGUGGCCUACCAUCUCCAGAGCACUCUGACAAUCCUCUGAGGUACAAGUUCAGCUGGAGUCCACAAGGAGUGUUGCUGAAUACAGUUCAGUCUGCUACGUAUUUAAAAGAUGGAGAGAUUGUCAAUAUUCCACCUGGGGGAGCAUUACUGGAUUCUGUUACUCCAAUGGAUUUUUUCCCAGGAUUAAACCUUGAAGGUUUUCCUAACAGGGACAGUACAAAAUAUGCUGAACCAUACGGUAUUCAGACAGCUCGCACUUUACUGAGAGGCACCUUAAGAUACAAAGGAUUCUCCAGAACUAUGGGGGGCUUUGUAAAACUGGGAUUAAUUAACCCAGAUCCUUAUCCUUUGCUAAGCUCAAGUGCGCCACCUCUAACCUGGAAAGAGCUCAUGUGCAAACUGGUUGGAAUAAAGUCACCUGCUGAGCACCAUGUUCUUAAAGAAGCUGUAUUUAGCAAACUGGAGAAGGACAAAAAUCAACUGGAAGCAGUGGAAUGGUUAGGUUUAUUGGGAGAUGAACUGGUUCCAGCGGCAGAUUCCAUUGUAGGGGCUCUUGCAAAGCACAUGGAGAUGAAGCUGCCCUUUGGCACUGGAGAGAGAGAUAUGAUUGUUAUGAGAAGUGAAAUAGGUCUCAGGCAUCCUUCUGGCCAUUUGGAAGACAAAUUUAUUGAUCUGGUUGUCUAUGGGGAUAACAAAGGACAUUCUGCAAUGGCUAAAACAGUAGGAUACCCCGCAGCUAUUGCUGCUAAAAUGGUUCUAGAUGGUGAAAUAACUGCCAAAGGCAUGGUCACACCUUUGACAAAGAACGUUUACGGGCCAAUACUUGAACGUGUUCGGGCAGAAGGCAUUAUGUACAGUACUCGCAGCGUUAUCAAACAGUAACUGAAAGCACUGGGUUCAAUCAGGUUUUGGCUUUUUUUUUGGUUCCCCCAUCUCCCCUUUUAGAAUCCCAGUUUGGACCAGCUAAAGGCAGCACCUGCCAUUUCAUACACAAAUGUUGCCUCCAUAAAACCUGCCACCAGCCUUGAUGUAGAAACUGUAGAUACUCACAGAUUGUGAUAUUUUCCUCUUAAAAUUGUUAAGCUUUCAUCAUGUUUCAGCAUCAAUCAGAUCUUUCCUUAUAUAUUUUCAAAAAUAUAUCAGAAGGGUGUUUUUUUCGUUAUUAGAGUUUAAGCGUAUAGGGUUAUUAUUGUGACGAAUUUAAGCCGAAAGAAAAAUCUAUCAGUGGGUAAUUUUGUGGUGGAAAAAUCUGGGUA